GUUCAAAGUUCAAAGUUCUAAGCAAGCUACAACUUUUUCUUACUAGUACUUCUUUCCACAUUGUUUGUUUGUACAAAGGGAAUACUGCCAUAUUAAUCCAACCAAUAUUGGAUCCAUCAAACUAAUUUUCUCCAUUAUUUAUAAAUCUUUCUGGGUACUUGGAUUUCUUAAAAACUACUCUCACAAUCUUCAAUUUUGUCCCAUUUUAGCUUCAAGAAAAAGCUACUGGGUCUAACGGUUACUGUAAUCUUCUUAUUCCUUUUACAUAUGCUAAACUUUGAGCUUUAUUGCUGAAUUCGAAAACCCAAACUACAUAAUUCGUGAGUUUUUUCUACUCUUGCUCACAAGAAUCAAUUCAGGUUAGUUUUCGCUUGAAUUUUAUUUCAAAUUAUUAAGAUAUUGGAUGUUAUGAUAAAUGAAGUAUAGAUUAUCGUUUUGAGUUAAUAAUGGCUGGGAUAUUGUGGGUAAUAUUUGGAUUUGGAGUUGCACCAACAUGGGUUUUUCAUUAAUUGAUUUCCUGCAAAUGGGUAAAUUCAUUGCUUGUAGUUAAAGGUUUUUCUCGACAACUCUAUGCUCCAUUGUCAGAAAUUGGAUUCUGUUUAGGGUUCAAAGAAGGAUAUAAUUCUACUUUGUAGAUUGAGAAUUAAUGUGUUAUUGAUGCAAUGUUGAGAGUGGUAGCCAUUAGAUUGUUGGUUUGUACUCUCAUACUAUCUUUAUCCACAUUGGGUUAUGGAUACUCAAAUUGUAAUUGUGAUGAUGAAGGGUUUUGGAGCAUCAACUUAAUUAUGGAAUGUCAAAAAGUGAGUGAUUUUUUAAUUGCUAUUGCUUAUUUCUCUAUACCCAUUGAGUUGAUUUACUUUAUUAGUUGUGCAAAUAUACCUUUUAAAUGGGUCCUGGUUGAAUUCAUUGCUUUCAUUGUACUUUGUGGAAUGACCCAUUUGCUCAAUGGAUGGACUUAUUUUGGUCCUCACUCAUUCCAGCUUAUGAUGUCACUUACAAUAUUCAAAUUCCUAACAGCUUUGGUUUCUUGCGCCACUGCGAUUACCCUUCUUACUUUGAUCCCUCUUUUACUUAAAUUGAAAGUUAGAGAAGUUUUUUUGACUCAAAAUGUUAUGGAAUUAGACCAAGAAGUUGGGAUGAUGAAGAGAAAGAAGGAAGCUAGUUGGCAUGUUCGAAUGCUUACUCGAGAAAUAAGGAAAUCACUUGAUAAACUCACUAUAUUAGAGACUACUUUGGUUGAACUUUCAAGUAUAUUGGACUUGCAGAAUUGUGCUGUUUGGAUGCCAAAUAGUAACAAGACUGCUAUGAAUUUGACCCAUGAGCUGAAACCUAGCCCCUCAAAUAUCUUUCCUAGAAUUAUCCCGAUAGAUGAUAGCGAUGUUAGAGAGAUCUGUAAUAGUAAAGGAGUGAUGAUUCUAAGGCCGGAUUCAAGGCUGGGAAUGGCAAGCAGUGCUGGUUUGGAAGAGUCCCUCGGUUCUGUAGCGGCAAUACGGAUGCCAAUGCUUAAUGUAUCUAAUUUUAAAGGUGGAACACCUGAAUUUAUCCAGACAUCUUAUGCCAUAUUAGUUUUGGUUUUUCCAAGCUCAAAUGGAAGGGGUUGGAACAAUCAUGAUUUAGAGAUAGUUGAAGUGGUUGCUGAUCAAGUUGCUGUUGCUCUUUCUCAUGCUAACGUUCUUGAAGAGUCUCAGCUGAUGAGAGAUCAGCUAAAGGAGCGGAAUUGCAUUCUGCAGCAGGCUAAGAAGGAUGCAAUUAUGGCAAACCAAGCUAGAGAUUCUUUUCAGAAGGUAAUGAGUCAGGGAAUGAGGAGACCGAUGCAUUCAAUCCUGGGCCUUCUUUCGAUGUUUGAAGGUAAUAUGAAUUGUGAGCAGAGGAUUGUAGUUGACACCAUGGUUAGGACUGGUAAUGUUAUCUCAACUUUGAUAAACGACGUAACAGAGGUAUCUGCAAAAGACAAUGGAAGGUUCCCGUUGGAGAUUAGGCCGUUCAAUCUGCAUUCCAUGAUUAAGGAAGCUUCUUGCUUGGCCAAAUGUCUAUCUGUCUAUCAAGGCUUCAGUUUUUCUAUUGAUGUUCUAAGUACUUUGCCUGCUCAGGUAAUUGGUGAUGAGAGAAGAACUUUUCAGGUCUUGCUACACAUGGUAGGCAACCUACUGCAUCUUUCCGAUAUUGGAGGUUUGAUCAUCUUUCGGGUUUCUGAAGAAAAGGGCAGUGAAGGAAAGAAUGAUAAAUGGGGGAUGUGGAAAUCAGUUACUGCUAACGAAUACAUCAAAAUAAAGUUCGAGUUUGACGUAAGUGGGGAUUUGGCAGCAGAUGCUAUCAGGAGAACCCACAAUGAUGGAAACAAGGAAAUACUGAGCUUCAGCAUGUGCAAAAGGCUAGCUCAGAUGAUGCAAGGUGAUAUUUGGAUAUCAUCGAACUCAUAUGGCUUACCACAAAGCAUGACUCUUCUUCUUCGAUUUCAACAACCAAGAUAUAGUUCCGAGGGAAAUUCGAAUGCAUCAGAGCAUACUUAUCCAGACUCGUUCAGAGGCUUAAAAGUCUUGAUUGCUGAUGACGAUAAUGUGAAUCGGACUGUCACGAAGAGACUGCUUGAGAAGCUAGGCUGUGAAGUGUCAGCCAGUUCUUCCGGCUAUGAGUGCCUAAUGACCUUGGCCCCGUCACCAAACACAUUUAGGGUUGUGCUACUUGACCUUCAAAUGCCCAAAAUUGAUGGCUUUGAAGUUGCAAGGAGAAUUAGGAAGUUGUAUAGCCGAAGUGGCCCAUUAAUAAUAGCUCUGACCGCAAGUGCAGAGGAAAAUAUAUGGGAGAGAUGCUUGCAGAUUGGGAUGAAUGGUCUGAUACGUAAACCGGUUGUGUUACAGGGAAUGAUCGACGAACUUAGUAGGGUGCUUAGGUGAUCAAAUUUCAAAUGUGUGUUGUUGAAGGAUUAGAGUUAGUACAUUAGCAGGUCGAUAUCAUAUAAUAUAACUAUUACUAUUUCGGGAUUAAGAAUGAAAGUUAUUAUAGAAUUAGAAAGUCGGGUAUCUUGUUUGCUAACUGCAGCUCAUGUUCCAGACUUCAAUGGAAACUCGAGUGUAAAAUGACUGACAUAUCAUUAUAGUAAAAGUCUUGAGACUUAUUUCACACUAUUUUACUGUGUAUCAACCUAAUAAUAAUAGUAACUAUAGAACUAUGUUGAAAGCUAGUGGUGACUAUUUU